AAUUUCAACUUUUAAUAAUUUCAGCUCUCAAAUAAUCCAAUUUUCGCAGGGUAUAUAUAUCCCCGAAUGUUAAAAAAGUAUCGUCAAUCUUAGUAGCAAGAAAAAUCAAUCUCAUUAGCAAAUGCAAACUCAAACACAACUCAUGGACUCUUCCUUCUUCCAAUUCGAAUUCCAAUUCCAAUUCCAAUUCCCCACCCCGGAACACAUGCCCGAUCCCGAAUCCGACUCCCCCCAUUCCCUCUCAUGGGAACACGGACUCCCCUUUAACGUUAACGACUCCGAGGAAAUGCUCCUCUACGGCCUCUUAGCCGAAGGAGCAGCCUCAGAGAGUAACUCCUGUUACUCCAUCAAGGCAGAGGAGGAGAUCGAGGAGAGCUCAACCUCCUCCUCUGCCUCUGCUUCUGCGGCCGCGGCCUCCGCCUCUGCAGCAGGGGAGAAGAGGCAGAAGGCGUACAGAGGGGUGAGGCGGCGGCCGUGGGGGAAGUUUGCAGCGGAGAUAAGGGACUCGACUCGGAACGGGGUGAGGGUGUGGCUGGGGACGUUCGACAACGCGGAGGCGGCGGCGCUGGCGUAUGACCAGGCGGCGUUCGCGAUGAGGGGGUGCGCUGCGGUGCUGAAUUUUCCGGUGCAGAGGGUGAAGGAGUCGCUGCAGGAGAUGAAGUGUGGGGUGGAGGAAGGGUGCUCGCCGGUCAUGGCACUCAAGAAAAAGCAUUCCAUGAGGAAGAAGAGAACCAAAAGUAGUAAGCAUUUUGAGAGAAGCCAUGAUCACCACACCACCACUAGUAAUAGUGUGGUGGUUUUGGAGGAUUUGGGUGUUGAAUAUUUGGAAGCUCUUUUGACUUCUUCUUCAUCACCAUCUUCAUCACAAAGUUGUUGUUAAUUUUUUAUAUUUCAUUUUUAUUUUUUGGGCUGUACAAUAAUGUUUCUUGAUCACUUUCUAUUGGUUAUCUCUCUCUACUCUGCUUUCUUGUGAAUUCCACUAAAGUGAAGGGAAUCAUUGGAGAAAGGUUUUUGUGAUCAAUGUUAAAUGAUGAAACCUAUAGUAUUUUUUUAA